CACGAAAAAGCAACAUGGCGCCUGUUUUGUCAAAAGAGACCACUCAGACCUGACAAAAAGGCGAAAUAAACCUGUAAAAACAUCGUAUUUGAGCUGGCAUACCUGAUUGAGAAGUUUCAAUUGAAUUGGUUGGACGGCUGUGCGGGAGGCACUGGUCGAGUCGUCAGUGAAAGUGCAAAGAAGUCCUGAUUUUCAUCACAAGCAUCUUGAAAGUUAGGAUCACUUCGUAAUCAUGGCUGCUGCUCAAACGCAGAUGGCGCCGAGGAUGGCCACUGGGCCAGGGAUUCAGGCAGUGGUGCCGGAUGCACCCAGAAUCCCAAUUGUCGGCCAUAAAAUCACUGAUGAAGACAUGGGUUUGCUCAUGGGAAGUAAAUUGGAGCCAGUCAAUUUACACAGACUGAUCAAACUUCUUAUUGAUCCACAUUCAGCGAUGUUAUAUGACCGGCAUAUUCAUGCCCUGAAAAAAGUCAUCAAGCAUUAUCAGAAAGGCUUCAUUAUGAAAGAUCUAGUUCACAUUUUCAAGAUUCUCAACGUCUGUACAGACCGUGUUGAUGAACAACCCUUGUAUAUUGAACCUCUGAUGGAAUUGCUGAAGAUCGCUAGCCUACCAUUCCUCAGGGAGAAGACAUCAGAUGAGAUAUCUUACGAACAAAUUGCUAUAGAGUCUGUGUCACAAUUAGGUUAUUUAAUGCGAGUGCCAAACAAAGACAUCAGAUUAGAAAUCUGCAAGGCACUGAUAUCUUUUUACACGCGGAAACCUCCAAAACAAGAAGUGCAAAAACACAUGGCCUCCAAACUAUCAUAUAACCAAAAGAUUGUGGAGAAGAGUGAUGUGUCUGAGACUCUUGUGAAAUCCUUAGCCUUGCUCGAGACUGACCUCCCGGUCAAACUUGCCGUCCUAAAGGUUUUGCAGAAAUUUUCAAAAAAAUCAAAUUUGACCUGUGAUCAGAUGCUGAGAGCAAGUGGUGCCAACAAACUUUGCCUUCAUCUGGUCGACCCUGAUGCGUCCGGGCAGCUCCUGUUUCGAUCGGCGGAUAUUCUGUGGAACUUGCUCGAGAAUGGUGAAAGCAAGGACGUGGCAGAACAGUUGAAUAAUGUGGAGUGUAUAUCCCAACUUCGCGACGCCUUCAUCGGACAGUUAACCCAGGGUUACAGUCACUACGAUAUGCAGCUACGAAAUGACCUCCUCGUCCUGGCAUCGCUUGUGGCAACAUUGAACGACCAAGCGCCUUUUGUGGAGACGGGAUUCGUCAAGCAGCUCGUCCUGCUGAGCACGUUCGAAGAAGUGAAAAGUCACCAUGCCCUUGUGAAACAUCUCAAAUAUUCAAAAAGUCAUGAAGAUUUUGAACUCAAGAAGCUUCUCAUCAACAUCUUAGUAGUUUUAUCAAAGAAUCAGACUACUAUCCCAAUAAUGUCCGAAGGUCACGUGAUUCUUGCCUUGUUCCACUACGUACGCUCAAACGAUGAGACGUCAGGGCCAAGAGAUUGGUCACCUGCACAAUUUGAAGAGAUUCAACUCCACGCUCUCUCGGCACUUGCGACACUCACGCCGUUGAUGCUCGAUGAUUACAUGACAUGUCAGGGAGGCACGCGGUUGUUGUUACUUCUAGAGUGGUGUGUAGGCCCAACAAAAUAUGGCGGUCAUGGAAACAGUUUCCACGGUGCUGGUGGCCGUAGAAACAAGCGCGCCCAGAUGCGGCACACUCUGCGUCUGAUGCGUAGUGUCAUAUCCACAGCAGAGGAGAACGUCAUUCAAGACCUUGUUGACCAGGGGGCGAUCAACCAAUUAACUGGCAUCUUGAACAGUGUGAGCUUAUCAGAUGAAGCAGAUGAUGCUGUGGAUGUAGAGAUGCAGUGUGACAUGCUCUUCAUCCUGUCGGCAAUCUGUGAGGGAGACAUGCACAGAAAGGAGCUAUUUGGCAGCCAAGGAGUCGACGUUUUGGUCCGCUACAUGAAAAUCAAUCCGCAGAAGUUCAGCAGCGGCCUUGGACAUCACCGCCUCAUGUUGGCCACAGUCGACAUAAUCUGGUGUGCCAUCGUCGGUUGCUACACGACGGAGGAAUACUUUAUGGAGUGCGAAGGGGUGUUUCUCCUGUUUGAUCUCUUAGAGAAUUGUCCCAAGUCGAUGCACAAUCUAAUCCUUGGUUGCCUCCUGGACCUGUCCGAGAACAGAAAGACGAUCGCCCACAUUAACACGUGGCGGGGGAAGGAGGACAUCUCUGCGGCUCAUCUUCUGUGUAACAUCUGGAGAGACGAGGAGAGAGAUAUGGGAGUGAAGCGAGAAGAGUCUGGAUCCAUCGCAGGAUUAAUUGCCGACCUCUCCAAACCUCUGAUGGGAGAACUUCAGGAGAGCAUGGGUGUGGUGUCCCAGCCGGCUGCCCAUUCCAGCCAGGCCAUUGUGGACAUCUCGGAGAACAUGAGGGCGAAGAUCUAUGCUCUCUUCAGCAAGAUGGGCUUUGUGGAACUUCCUGGGUUGACGACACAAGAUCAUGUGACACUCUCCAUAGUCGAGAGAUACCUAGAUUUCAAGCUUGGAGAAGUUUGGACUGAAAUCUUUGAGGAGUUGGAACAAGAGGGCGUUCGGCCGGUCACGCCUGACCAAGAGGCCUUGGAGACGAUUCAGCGGGCCGUGGAGGAGAGGGCCCAGGGUUGUGCACUGACCCAGGCAGAGCUCCUUGAGGCGCAGCAUUCACAGAACCUCAUGGACGAACAGGAAUACUAUGCUGAGAUUCGAGAGAACCACCGCCAGCAAGAGAAGGCCCUCACGGACUUCGCCGACUAUGUUGCAAGGACAUCGAACUACUCACUACUGAAAGCGGCCAAGGAGAGACAGGAAUUGUCAAUCGACGCAUCAAGAAUUCAAGCAAGAUACAAAGACCUGGAUACGUUCCAUAGCACAGACCUUGAGAACCUAGUUACAACUACAUUCAGCGGACGCCACGUGGAAGUUGAAUCCACACCCCACGAGAUCACAGGCUUCCUACACAAUCACAGCACAGAUUCACCAAUGAUAUCGCCACUGAGCAAGGACAAGUCUCCUUCGUUCUAGGACUAUAAAUUAUUGUGAUAGCGCUGAUGGGGAAUUUCCAAGAUGCAAACUGUCAACCCAAUUUUGUCUGCUAGCCUGUCAGCGGCUUCGUUUGUCUCCUUUACAUUGAAACAUAUGCAAUUAAAGCAAUGUUGUACUGGUGUCCAGAUUAAAUUCAAUAGCAAUCAGAAGAGAUAACUGAUUUGUUGUAUCACUCAACAAUGAUGGCUGCUUACAAUAUUGGGUGAACAGAAAUGAUCUUGAAGUUUAUUUCAGGUAAGGUAGUGAUGCAAUUAUUGUGACCCAUAGUGUAGGGAACAGCUGGCAGUACACUCACAAUAAAGGCUAUAAUUGUACCAGAGCUGGAAUCGUACCACCUUACCUCACAUGUAGACGUACUUUUGAAGUUGAAUUAGGCUGUUCUGAUUUGGUCCAGCGUACCGAGCAUUCCUCCUUCACAGUUGAUGGAAAAGUUGGUGUCAUCACUGUUGGUGUCUUCAGAGUUUAUACUGUCUGGGUGAGACAGCUGUACAGUUUCAUAACUUACAAGAGCAUUCCCGAUCCUAAGAUUUUUGGCUAACUCGUGCUUGCAGGUGUUUUCUCAGUUGAAAAAGCUGUGUACAUUUUGUUGUAGACCUUCCUCAAUGUCUGUGUAUCAUUUACAAACGCCGUCCACCUCAUCCGUCCAAAAUGUUUAAGAGGGUAGAACAGGGUAUUUCCAUUUCUCAUAACCUUUAUGUAAUAUGCAGAGAUAACUAACAAGUAUGUGCAUCAAAAAGCCAUGUGUUAGAUUAUCUUACGAUGAAAGUGAUAUUGCCCUGGCUCUACCAAUCUCUGUGUAAAUAUGCAAAUAUUUUUGUUAUGCUAAUUUGAAAUGCAUAAACUCAUUAUGUAAUUUUGUACAGUUUACUGCAUGUAACUUCAUUGUAGAUAAUAAAAUCAUUAUUUUGAUUUGGUGAUGA